AUGAAGGAAAAUGAAAUGGUACGCGAUUUCUUCUCAAGAGUCGCCGAAAUAAUCAAUCAAAUUAAAAGUUGCGGAGAGGAAGUUCCAGAAAAAAAAGUAGUGGAGAAGAUUCUGAGAAGUUUGCCGCAUAAAUUUGAGCACAUCAUUGUUGUCAUCAUUGAGACGAAAAAUCUUAGGACACUCACUCAAUUCGAACUUAUGGGAACCUUGGAAGCCUAUGAGCAAAGAAUGAGCAACUGCAACAACAAACCAUUAGAACAGGCUUUUCAAGUAAAGACACACAUUUCCAAGAAUUCAUUGCAACAAGGAAGACGGGGAUCUUCCUUCGGUCAAGCACCCGGGAGAGGGCGAGGCCAAAAAUUUCAGAACAGGGGUAGAGGGAAAGGUGAAUUUGAAAAAUCAGAUGUAGAGUGUUACGUGUGCAAUAGAAAAUGCCACGAAUCAAGAAAUUGUUGGUGGAGAUGCAAGACAUGCAAGGUGCCAAACCAUGCGGACAAAGAUUGUUGGCAUAAACAAAAGAACAAACAAGGAGAAGAGCAGAAAGAGACACACUUCUCAGCAAGGGAUGAAUCAUGUAAGCUAUUUAUCUCCCGAUCAGAUAGUACAAAAUCAGCCACGAUGUGGUACUUGGACAGCGGCUGCAGCAACCAUCUAUCUGGAAAUCAAGAAGAUAUCCAUGAAAUUGAUAGAAGCUACUCCUCACAUGUUGAGCUCGGUGAUGGAAAGAAGGUGACGAUUGACGGAAAAUGA